AUGCUGCUCUUCUGGACAGUCACUCUUUUCCUGCUGGGGGCAGCCCAAGGAAAAGAAAUUUGCUAUGAGGAUCUGGGGUGCUUUUCUGAUGCUGAGCCCUGGGCUGGAACUGUGAUCCGGCCCCUGAAACUUCUCCCCUGGAGCCCUGAGAAAAUCGACACUCAUUUCCUGCUCUACACCAAUGAAAACCCAAACAACUUCCAGAUUCUCCAACUCUCUGAUCCAUCAACGAUUGAGGCAUCAAACUUUCACAUGGACAGGAAGACCCGGUUCAUUAUCCAUGGCUUCAUAGACAGUGGAGAGGAGAGCUGGGUGGUUGACAUGUGCAAGAACAUGUUCAAGGUGGAAGAGGUGAACUGCAUCUGCGUGGACUGGAAGAAGGGCUCCCAAACCACCUACACACAGGCUGCGAACAACGCACGUGUUGUGGGAGCCCAGGUGGCCCAGAUGCUCCACUCCCUCUCGACAAACUACAGCUACUCGCCUUCCAAAGUUCACCUCAUUGGACACAGCCUGGGAGCCCACGUGGCCGGAGAGGCAGGGAGCAGGACUCCAGGACUGGGCAGGAUUACUGGAUUGGAUCCUGUAGAAGCAAAUUUCGAGGGCACUCCUGAAGAGGUUCGGCUUGAUCCCUCUGAUGCUGAUCUUGUUGAUGUGAUUCACACAGAUGCAGCUCCCUUGAUUCCAUUCCUAGGUUUUGGAAUGAGCCAAAUGGUGGGUCACCUUGACUUUUUCCCCAAUGGAGGAGAGAACAUGCCAGGAUGUAAGAAAAAUGCCCUGUCACAGAUAGUGGACAUAGACGGCAUCUGGUCAGGAACCCGGGACUUUGUGGCUUGCAAUCACCUAAGAAGCUAUAAGUAUUACUCAGAGAGCAUCCUCAACCCCAACGGGUUCACUGCAUACCCAUGCACCUCCUACCUGAACUUCAAGUCUAACAAGUGCUUCCCCUGUCCAGACCAAGGGUGCCCACAGAUGGGUCACCAUGCUGAUAAAUUUGCUGGCAGGACAAGUACGGGGCAGCAGAAAUUCUUCUUGAACACAGGAGAUGCCAAGAAUUUUGCACGCUGGAGAUAUGGGGUUUCUGUUACACUGUCUGGAAUGAUAGCCACUGGUCAGGUCAAAGUUGCUUUGUAUGGAAAUGAGGGAAACACUCGCCAGUACGACAUCUUCAGGGGGAUAAUCAAACCAGGCUCCACCCACUCCAAUGAAUUUGAUGCAGAACUCGAUAUUGGAACAAUUGAGAAAGUCAAGUUUCUUUGGAAUAACAAUGUAGUAAACCCAACUUUCCCCAAAGUGGGUGCAGCAAGUAUCACCGUGCAAAAGGGAGAGGAGCAGACAGUGUAUAGCUUCUGUAGUGAAGACACUGUGAGAGAAGACGUUCUGCUCACUCUCAUGCCCUGUAACACCCCAGGCACCAUGUGAUCCCCUGUUCAUACCAAUAAAAUCCUCUGCUGCCUCU